AUGGAUCGUAUAGCGAGAAUUCAAGAAGGUUUUGAGCCGACAAAAUAUGGGUUAGAUGAAAAAUUCGUGUUGACAAAACUGACAGCAAUGAAAGGAUGUGGUUGUAAAGUUCCGAGAGAUGUUUUGUUGCAACUUUUGGAAACUUUUAAAACUGAUUUGGUUAUUAAUAAUGAUGAAGUUGGUUGGUUUUUAUUUUGAAUAUUCUAUAAUACACUGCUCCACAAAAGUAUAGCCUCACCCUCAAAAUUUUCGAAAAAUCGAAAAAAUCAAAGUUUUCAGAAAAUGUUUGUUUUUGAAAUAUGGGCUAAUAGAACACUAAUUUAUCCCAAAAAUCGAAUUUUGGGUUGAUAAGCCACGAAAAGAAUUUUUGAAUUUCUCAAAUAUCGAAAAUUUUCAAUCCACAAAAAUCGCUCUGGAAAUCGGUAUUUUGGUUUGAUAACUUUCGUUAUUGAUGAAAAAUAAAGAGAAUAACUCAUUUUGAGUUGAUUCUAACAAUUUCUAAUCGAUUUCACUGACCAAAGCUUGAGAAAUGUUUUUUUCCUAAUUUUCAUCAAUAACCAAAAAUCGAUUUCCAGACCCCUGGAAUCCAGAGUGAUUUUCUGAAGUGAGGCGAUACUUUUCUGGAUUGAAAGUUUUCGAUGUUUUUGAAAAAUUCAAAAAAUUCUUUUCGCGACUCAUCAACUCAAGAUUUGAUUUCAGGGAUGAAUUGGUGUCCCAUUUGCCCAUAUUUCAAAAACAAACAUUUUCUGAAAGCUUUGAUUUUUUCUAUUUUUGAAAAUUUUGAGGGUUAGGUUUUGUGGAGCAGUGUAGAUUCCCGUAAUUUUUGAAACUAAAAAAAGAGCUAUAUAUUUUUCCAAAUAAUAUUUUGAUCUAAAGUACGGCGAAGAAGUGAAAAAAUCCCAAAAAUUAAAUAUUUUUCAGACAUUGGAUUGGAUAGUUGUGUAAUUCCACUUCGUCACAAAGGAUUGCGAUUGGUUCAAACUACUGAUUUCUUCUAUCCACUUGUUGAUGAUCCCUAUAUUAUGGUGAGACAUUUUCCCACUUCUAUGUAUUUAAAAUCAAGGUUAUUCCAGGGUCGCAUCACUUGUGCCAAUGUUCUUUCGGAUCUUUAUGCAAUGGGUGUCGUUGAUUGCGAUAACAUGUUGAUGCUUCUUGGUGUUGCAGUCGAUCUCAAUGAAAUCGAAAGAGAUAUAAUUGUCCGUCAAUUUAUUCAAGGAUUCAAAGAUGCGGCUGAUGAAGCUGAUACGAAGAUUCGAGGAGGACAAACUGUUCGAUGUCCUUGGUUGCUUCUUGGUGGUGUUGGAACAUCUGUUGUCCAUGACGAUGAGAUUAUCAAGGUUGAUCAAGCAGUUCCGGGGGAUUUGUUGGUUUUGACGAAACCGAUUGGUGGACAAGUUGCGGUCAAUUCUUAUGAGUGGUUGAAAAAGGAGAAUGGGAAGAUUGAAGAACUUGGGUUAGAUGUAGCAAAAAUUAGGAGAGCUUUCAAACAAGCAUGCGAGCAAAUGAGUAGAUUGAAUAGGUUAGUUCUGGUUUUUUAUGGAUCAAUUCAUUUGACUAAAAAAUGAAUUUCGCGACAUUUUUUGUCGCGAAAUUGCAAUUCGUGAAACGACACGAAAUAAACACAAAAAUAAAGGAGAAACAUUAAAGGGACGCGUAAUCGGUGCGAGACCCAACACACGAAAAAAGAAUUUCCUCUUUUAUUUUAUUAAUUUCGUGUCGUUUCGCGAAUUGCAAUUUCGCGACAAAAAAUGUCGCGAAAUUCAUUUUUUCUUCAGAUGAAUUGAUCCAUUAAUGAAAAUAAAUAUGGAUCUUUGCAGAAAUGCCGCUAAACUUCUUCACACAAACCAUGCGCAUAGUUCCACAGAUGUCACUGGUUUUGGUCUCUUGGGACAUGCUGAAAAUCUUGCGCGUGUGCAAAAAUCCAAAGUUGAUUUUGUUAUUGAAACCUUGCCCAUCAUUGAAUACAUGGAUGAGAUUGUUGAUAAAAUGAUUGAAGCUGGAGGUGAAGGAUUUCGAUUAUAUCAAGGAAGAUCGGCGGAGACAAGUGGAGGACUUUUGAUUGCACUGUCACCCGAAGAUGCUGAAAAAUAUAUCGAAGAUAUUUUCGAAUUGGAUAAUCGACCAGCUUGGAUAAUUGGAAAAGUUGUGGAACGAAAAGGAGAUGAGAAUAUUGCAUAUAUCUCUGAAAAUUAUUCAAAACUCUCGAUUCACUCGCCAUUGUGA